AUUUGAAGCCUCUCUCCCUCUCAAAUCUGCCACAGCCAGCUAGAGGCGGUCAGUCAUAAAUCUCUUGACAGCGACGGCCGUAGAAGUGGUGAUCCUCAAGAGAUCGUCGCCAGUGCGCCCUUCGAUUCCCUGCUGUUGCCAAGCCUCCUCAAGAGGACAGGCUUAUCUGCACAUUCUCUCACCCCCCUUGGGCGUCCAGCUGCGAAAAACUUCACAUCAGGUCUCGCGCCGGCUUGACAGCAUCGCUGUAUGCUACGCAGCUCAGGCUAGCUCGACAUCAUAAUCAUUGCUAUCCUCCUGGACACUAGCACAUUCAACGAGGGAAUAUGUCUACCAGUGCCUCUGCUCUCGGCAAUGUUUCACCAAAGCUCGAAGCGCCUCUAGCGGAGGCAUCUCAGGCCGUGGCCAGGGAGCAGGGCAGCAGCGCCGAUCUGGAAGAUAGCUCAACGAAAGUGUCUGGGCCUGAUGAUGGCGUCGAAAGUCCAACGAAUACCUCACAGGUGGCACGGUCGCAUCCUGACCAAGGCGGCUCACUGAGCCUGACGGACGCUAAGAGCGUAAUCGAUGUGUCACCUCCUACAACGAGCGCAAGGGACAGCACCGAGGCUAAGGCUGUGCGCUCAGAAGAUGUGGGCUAUUCAGUCUCUGAUCUUGGUGCUGUGCCUGCGGAGAAAGUAGUCUCCGAAACAGCGCCGGUUACAGAAAGCCAAGACGGUCGAGGCAAAUUGCCGACCACGAACGGGACGCCGGCGCAAACCAGACUGAGUGAAGCAAGUGGUGGAUCCGCAGUCCUCACUGCUUCCCCCACUGCAUCGGCCGCGGCAGCGGCCGCUGCAGCCGGGAAGAAGUUCACCUCAUUGAGCCUCACUAAGCGAUUCCUGGGAAAAGCGUCGCCCAGCUCGCCGACCUUUAACCACGCUACGACAGGAGGCUCUUGCACAAGCGGUACCGGAUCUUCGCUCUUGUCAAACAGUGGAACUGGAAGCAAGGGAAGUUUCACGAGAGAAAGCUCUAGUCGUGGCCUGCCCAUAUUGUCGUCUUCGAGACUCACGUCCGCCAAGCUGUCAGCCUCUGCUGCGCCUAAACCAGCUGCUACGUGGGGCACGCCCUCACCCUCAGCAUCUCCAGCUAUCAAUCACGCGCUGCCAGCGCUUGCGGCUGCCAAUCCGCCUGCCAAUACUGGGCCCUCUUCUCACAAUAACGCAAGUGCCGCUGCCACACUUACAGCUCAAGCGAGCCUUGGCUUAGCGGGUGACAAGGCAAAAGCAUCAGAACCUCCUGCACCGUCCGCCCCGCCAUCCUCUCGGCCUUCUCCAAAGCUUGGAAAUGCUGAGGCUCAUGCAUCCACCAAGCCACCCUCCGCAUCAGCAAAACCGACUCUACCUGAUGCGGUAUUUGGUGAGAAGGGCCCUGCUGCAGCUGCGGGAACCUCUGUGCAGCCGUCAUCCGCUCCGUCGGCAGCCGAAGCCUUGUCUCAGCCGGCGAGCGCACCCUCGCCUGCUCUGCUGCACAGCAAUGUAGUCAGGUCGACUCACCUCUCUUCUCCUCGACUCACUGCCUUGGGCGGGGCUCGAUCGGGCAGUCCUGCGCGGACGGACACGAGCGCAUCUCCAUCCCUCAGAAAUGCCGCGUUGAGAAGUAGUGCGAACGACGCGACCAGUGGAGCUCCAAAAUCUGUUGCUCCAUGGGCAACUAGCAAGAAUUCAUCGAGCAGCGGUGCAAGAGCACCCUCCAGUGAGCGAAUAGCAUCGUCGGAUUUCCCAACAGCAGCCGAGGCGCAAAAUGUAAAGGAGGCUACCGACGAACACGAUAGACUUGCAAGUGCCCGCACAGACCUGGACCGCUUCAGAGGGGCAAAUCUGGGCAGCGGCCGGCAUUGGGACGAAAUGGUCGAUGAAGACGGCGGAUUCCUGGACGAAGUCGUCGAAUUCGGCGACGGGACGCAAUAUAAAGUGCCACAGCCCUCGCUCGCGGAGCUUCAGAAGGAUGCUCGACCAGUGACAAAGGAGGAUCGAUUUCGAGAUCAAACACACGAUCGGUCCUGGCCACCGCCACCUAUGCAGCGCUUGACCCACUCCGCUGCCAGCUCCAAUCCCACAGAUCAGCCUAGUCCAUCUUUUCGGAAGCCCGCUUCUCAACAGAGAUUAGCUGACUACGCGCCUGAGGUCGCGACCAAAUCUUUGUUCCCUCAGCGCGCCGGGAGGUCGUCUGUUUCCGCAUUUGCGGACGAAGGCGACAGCGCUAGCGUAGAGCUGUUGCCCAGAGAUAGGCGCGGAUCGGACUGGAAUUCCUCGCGUUCCGGUCGUCCAGCUGGCGGACUGGGAGGCGCACACGCUCAUCCUGAUGCGACUCUCUCAGCUGCUCGCGCUUGGGGCCCGCUCGCUCGAAGAACGCAGAACUUGGAUUCUGAUGCUCCACGCCGUGAGCCCUCAGUAACAUCCACGAGAUCGGAUCCGCGCUCGCCUACUUCUCCGCACGAGCGGCCUUUGCCGGCCAAAGAGCGUGCGCCGCUACCGACUUCCAAACCAAAUGCGCGGACUUCUGAACGACCCCUGCCGCCGCAUAUGGCAGCUGGCCUGCAUACUGCUGCUGACCGCGUGGAAAAUUCCCCAGAGGAGCGUCCUUAUGGAGCAAAUGCCAGCGAGCCACACCCUCCUGUAGCUUCCAAAGCGCUCGGUUGGGGGCCUCUAGCACGGAGGGUGGGUUCGCCCUCUGCACAGCGGACAGAGCUUCCCGUCGUGGAGUCUACGCAAGCGCCGCCUUCUCGAACCACCGCAGCAGCGACGGAGACGGUCUCGCCGGCAGAGAGAGCUGAGCGCGCUCGGCGACGACGAGCGGAGGAAGAAGCGGAACGCGAGCGCGAGAAAGCGCGUGCCCUCGAAAAAGCCAAGGCGCUUGAGCUUCAAAUCGAGGAAGCUAGGCGUGUCAGAGAGAUUGAGGACGCAGCGAAGGAAGCGAAGCUGAGAGAAGAACAAGCCGCUCGGAUCGCUGCUCAGGAUGCUCGCAUGCUUGCAGCCCGCAAACAGGCUGCUGAAGCACAUGAGGCUGCGCUCAAGGUUGCGAAGCAGGAUACCCCAGCGAAGUCACCUGAAGUUCGAAAGUCACACGGGAGACCGGCUCCAGGCGCACUACCUGAAGCAAUUUCCAACCGUCAGGGUCCCUCGAGCCAGCUUUUGAUCUCUCCCAGCGAGGAGGCAACGUCUUGGCGCAGAGCGGCACCUCUCGCUCAGAGUGAUGCUAUCGUUAGCAAUGCGCGACGCGCACCCUCCAAAGAAGAGCCAUCCCCCACGCAGCAGUCGAGGCCCAGGACAUUAUUGCAACGACCUCCGACAUCUCAGUCCUCUGUGCCCAGCUCUGCGCCUAGCAUGCGCGCAGAACAGAUGGCGUCAGAUGCCGUGUCCGCCACCAAAGCCUCUUUGGACCGACCACAAGCAACAACGAGCGACCCCUCAACCUCUGCUAGACAGAGCAAACGAGCUGAAAAGCAAGCACAGAGGCGAGAGGCCGGUGCCAAGCAAGCUCAAGCAGAUGCUGCGCUCGCCAACGCAGCUCCUCCUGCUGGUCCGCGCGCCUUGCGAAACGAUGUAGCGAAUUUACCAGAAGGCUCCAAGGUUGUCGCACCAACGGCACCUCGGGUAGCGAUCAUCGCUCCAACGGAUGAGAAUGCAAGUGCGCGCUUGCAGACUCAGCGGCACGACGCCCGACCACCUGCGAGCAGUGCGACGCAGCCGCUUCCGAGUGCACUCAGGCAACCUGCCCGACCUCGCCACCCCGAGCCUGUCGCGACGAGAACAGAGGUGCCGCAGGACUCUGUUCCUGUGUGGAAUCGUUUUGUGGUCAAGAUGCCCGCACCUCGCCUUCGACCGGCUCGCUUGAGUGGUCCUGCCUUUCGGGCUCAGAGGCAGCGCAUUGCUGCUUUUCAGGCAGCAGCUAAUUCCAGCUCCGAUGUAGACAUCCUGUCUUGGACCCCAUCCGCUCCGGGUUUGCCGAUGAAAACGCUUUCGAUCUAUGAUCAGUUCCAUCCCAAGAAGUACCGCAAGGGAGUCCUGCUUGCAAAUGUCUCGAUGCCGACACGCGUGCUGCCAAGAAAUCUACCACCACGGGUCUUCCCGACAAGCUCAGCUACUGCCCCGAACGUGCCACCUGCGCAUGUUGCUCUGCCUCGAGCCAGCGCACAUGGUCGGGCCACCCAGCGUCAGCCAAUGAUGUACGGACAUAUUGCAGAACCUUUGCACCCUACCUCAGUUCGUGAGGAGCUUCACCCUGCUCUUGAGGCCGAUAUGCUUGACGUCAAGCCUACCGUCAAGCUUCCGCGAGGAAAUCGCUCUGCCAACAUCCAGCCAUCUUUGGGCAGGUCCAAUGCGCAAAGCUAUGAUGUCUCCGUCCCAGUGUCAGGAUCCUCUGCCGUCUCCGUGCCCACUGCUCCCGCCUCUAUGCGAGCACGAGGAUUCUCCGGCACAGCACCUCGAGGACAGGGCGGACCCUUAGACUGGGCCGAGUCAUCGGGCAUGGGCUUGUCCAAACGAGCUUUGAUUGGCGCCGGACCUCCACAUCCCGCUGCGAAGGGUCGGCGGGAUUCUGGAGCAGGCGUUGCUUUCGCUCGCAGCGCCAACUUGGGCCACACGGAACCAGGAUCGCGGUCACCCAGCUUUGUGGUUGCUAGCGAGCUGGAGCUCAACGGCGAUAGGUAUGCUCCACCGGCGAACCGCGCAGCGGACAAGCGCGGUGCAAUGCAAACGCCUAUCUUGCCUUCUCCCGGCCAGCUCAGCUCUGCAACUUGGGGCGGAAGCUCGCUCAACCUAUCAGGCUUGCCCAACACGGCGGCAAAUGGUGGCGCUUCGCCAUCCCAUCUCGAGAGCCUGUGGGCUACGCCAGAUCUACGUGCGCGCACUGCCUCGCACCCAGCGCAGAAUUCUCUUAGAGGUAUCGCCGAUGACUUCUUGUCGAUGCCUACGAGUAUACAUGACCUCGGCGCUGGUGAUAGCGACGGGCCUGUCGUUUCUUUGGGCGGCCUUGGUGCUGGAUCCUCCUCGGCAAACAAUCAGACGUCGCAAAGUGCUUCGCAGCAACAGCGCCAUGGAGACGAUCGCGGUUCUCGCCAUGGACACGCCAAUGGAACUCUUGCCGGCUUGAAUCUCGGCACCAGCCCCGUCGACAGCGCUCAGACGUCAUCAGCUCCAGAUGCAGGUGUCCGUGGUGCAGCUGGCAAGGCUAAUGACGACGCCGCUUCUAGCUCCAGGAAGAAUCAGUCAUUCAUCCCCUUUGGGCACCAGCAGCCGUAUCAACCUGAGGCCUACAACACCCAAGCGUGGAGUCAGGCAAACGCAUAUCCGCGCCAAGCACUGUCGGCGCAGCCAGCGGCGUUCAAUGGUCGUGCCUACAGCAAUUAUCAACCUGCAUAUAACUUUGGAGGCUAUCCCGAGACGUCUCCUUCCAGUGUGGUCGAUGGUGCAAAAGGGGCACCUUCGGCGCCGCGCGGAGUAGUUGGAUGGGGAUCCACAGUUCCGCACGGAUACGCGCAGCAGAUGGGCUAUCAGGCCUUACCACAACCCUUUCACUCACCCCAGGCAGGCUCGGCUGGUCAUCUCGCGGCUGGUUCAGGCGUAUCGAAUGGCGAUGCGAGCAAUGGCUGGUCCUCGGCUAGCGUGCCGACCUCACCAGCAUUCAGAGGAGGGCCAAUGGGUCGCGGCAGCUACGGGCCAGGAUCUGGCUCGCGCGGCUACGGUAGUCGCGCUCCACAGUCAGCGACGCCUGGACAGAUGGGACAUCAAGCAAGUCUGCCGUCCUUGAAUGGGCACGCAGGGCAGGGUCGCGGAGGGAUGGGCAGGGGUGCAGGCGCUGCAGCCCCUCAAAGCCGCGGCUUCUAUACCGGAGGAUACAGCAACGUUUGGUGAGACUGACGAGCCCUCGGAGAUGGAUCAAAACCUCGAAGACUUCUUUUUCUUCUUUCGGUUCCAGACGCGUCUGUAAGCGUUGCGAUGCGAAUCAACAUGUACUUCGAAUUCUCAAGUCAAGAAUGACCUGAUCAAUCUGAUCUCGCUGGGCGUGUAGCAGGCUUGUCAGUACGGAUGAAACUAAACUUGAGAGCGACU